CGUAGUUUAGGCGCCAUUAAAAAAGCUUCAACAUCCAACACUGAAAAAAACAACUAAGGUUCCCAGAUAUCAACCUGAUUACUAUUCACAAUGACGGUCGACGAUCUCGUCACUGAUCCUUCUCUUUUACCCGUCCUCCGGACCAGCGCGGAAACUCUCUCACAAUGCCAAACCCUGCUCUCCAUGCUUGAUCCCUCGACCCUAACCCCCUCUCCGUCACAGGACUUCAUACUAUCAAUAUCAAAACAACAAAAGCUAGUAUUUUCACUCCUAGCGCAGCUUCGAGGGUUGAAUCGCGAUGCCAUUCUUAGCGUUAGAGCCACGAAGCAAGCCACCGCUGAGGCGCGGCAGGAGAUUGAUAGGUUGCACCUCCACCUACAGAAUCUAUAUUAUGAGCAGAGGCAUCUAAAUGGGGAGAUUGCGGCAUGCGAAUCUUAUGACCACAAAUAUCUCUCUCUUCCAUUAAUACCCAUCGAGGAAUUCCUAACUAUCCAUCCCGAGCUGGCAGAAGCCGAUCCGAACCAACUCAUGGUUGCGCGCAUCAACCACGAGCAUGCGGAGCGUGAGAAAUUAGAGCAGGCCAGGCAAGAGCUUCUGAAGCGAAAACAAGCCUUGAUUGCAGAAAACAAGAAGCGGAAGGACGAUCUGGCCAAUCUGGAUCAAGAUCUUGAGAGAUUUAUUGACGCUGCCAAACCGAUUCAGAAAAUUUUCGAAAAGGAAUACUGAGUCUUUCGCUUACCUUAUUUCGUCAUCUACAUGUAGCAUUUUCGGCGUAGUUGGUUCGAAUGGUCAUAGUACUGUACUCUUCUUGACACAGGGUUACAGGCGUUGUUGGCAUUCUCAAAAUGAUAUGAUACACACCUCUAUAACUAGAAAUCUACUAGUGAAAAUCUCAUUUAUUAAUGGUAAAUCGUCUAUUUGCCCGGCUCUGAUGUAUCGUUGUAUAUGAUGAUAGCGUCUUGAUCUCCUCCUACCUAUACUUAGAACGGAAAGAUAUUUCGCAGUCCGUUUCCAUAUUUGCUCCCAUAAAUAGGCUCACGGGUACCAGGAUUAUAAUAUCAUACUUACCGUACUUAUUAUCGUAACUAUUGAGAGUCAUAUUUAGUUCAUAAUUAUCUUUUCUUGCGUUUUGUAGCAAGC